AAGCAAAAACAAAAAAGUCACUGUCAUCUUCAACUUACAUUGUUUCCAGCUCGGGUUUAGCGACUUCACCUUCGCCGUUCGCAUCGCAGGUGCCAUCGCUUCUCAGCCUCCACCCGUGACGGCGCAACCACCCUAUCCGGCGACCCCGUCGUCACACAGAAACAACUCAUUGUACUAGACAAGGGAGAUAUUAUGGCUGCACAUUCCGAUUCGGGUUCAUCAGGGAAGAAAUCAAGCAAUGGAGUGAAUGAGUUGCUAACUUUUAAUACUGAGAAUAUGCAAAGCAACAUGAAAAUUAUCUAUUACAGCCGAACAUUUUUAUCUAUAAUUGGUGGAGUUGUUGCUGGUAUUUUGGGAUUUACAGCCUUGUAUGGAUUUGUCUUUUACUUACUUCUCAUGGGAGUUACUUCGCUUGGGCUCGUUGCCAAAGCAAAAUUUUCAAUCCACUCAUACUUCGACUCCUGGAAUCGAGUGCUACUUGAUGGCUUUCUGGGUGGUCUAAUGUCGUUCGUGCUGUUCUGGACAUUUGCAUAUGACAUUGUUCACAUAUUUUGAUGGAUGGAAUGCGCAAAGUUUCAAGGCAAUUUUUGCUUUGAUGCUACUACCGAUCCUUUUCCAGAUUGCAGCUGCACCCUCCAAUUCGUAGAUAACUGUCAUGAUGUUCGCUUAUUUAAACGUUGUGAUCUUUACUAUCAUUAUCAUUUUGUAAUUCAAAAUAGAAUCUCAAGUGGGAAGGAUGAAAGACUCCGUCCCUCUUUGUGGCAGUGAAAUUAACCUCUAGGUUACUUAUUACUGUUCUUGAUACUUUGUGAUGUAGAUUGCAAUUUUGCCAAUUUUAUUCAACAUUCUGAUUAGCUUUA